CACGGGCGGCCUGGCAGCUUGCGGCGUUGAGGGGUAUACGCCUUGAGUGGGCCGUCGGGCCGCUGAGUCGGGACCUGCUUCGGGGGCAUGAACAGAGGGGACGACGCCGAGAUCGCGAGUAUUUCAUAGGGAUUGAUGGAAGCAGAAACCAAAACUCUUCCCCUGGAGAAUGCAUCCAUCCUUUCAGAGGGCUCCCUACAGGAAGGGCACCGGUUAUGGAUUGGCAACUUGGACCCCAAAAUCACAGAAUACCAUCUCCUCAGGCUGCUACAGAAGUUUGGCACGGUGAAGCAGUUCGACUUCCUCUUCCACAAGUCAGGUGCUCUGGAGGGACAGCCUCGAGGGUACUGUUUCGUCAACUUUGAAACAAAGCAGGAAGCAGAACAGGCCAUCCAGUGUCUCAACGGCAAGCUGGCCCUGUCUAAGAAGCUGGUGGUGCGCUGGGCACACGCUCAAGUAAAGAGAUACGAUCAUAACAAGAAUGAUAAGAUCCUUCCAAUUAGUCUUGAGCCGUCCUCAAGCACUGAGCCUGCGCAGUCUAACCUAAGUGUCACUGCAAAGAUCAAAGCCAUCGAAGCAAAGCUGAAAAUGAUGGCAGAAAAUCCUGAUGCAGAAUAUCCAGCGGCGCCUGUUUAUUCCUACUUCAAGCCACCAGAUAAAAAAAGGACUACUCCUUAUUCUCGAACAGCUUGGAAAUCUCGAAGAUGAUGGUUAUGAAUGACUGCUCUCCACACCUGAGGCCCUCUGCCUUUGUACUUGUAGCUGUGAGCAGUACUACCCGACAGAGCAGCCACAUGUUAGCGUUUGGUAACAUAACAUUUUUGGAUGUCCUCCUUAUGGAUGUUUCUUCCCUGAAGUAUGUGUGGAAUUGAGCAUCAUCCAGAAUAAAUAGGAUUUUAUCCAAAACUGUGACUUGAAUGCUGGGAUGCUCUAGUUGGCUCGUUUGUUUGGAUUUGUAACUCCAGAAACAUUAUAUAGUGUGCCAGAAAGAAAGGGAAACACAAAGAACGUUAUCAUUCAAAUCAGGAAACUUAAUUUAUUAAGAGCUGUCUUAAAAAAAAAAAAAAACAUUUUUCUGUGCUCAGUUGUCUUUACGACAUAAAGAAAAAGUAAGAAAACAAGGAGGGAAGUAAGAAAUUUUGAAUCAUGCUUGAAACUGCUGUUCCAGAAUUUUCUGUGGAAAUCCCUCCAACUGGACUGAAAAGAAAAAGUUCUUGGCAAAAAGAGCUGGUUCUUUGAGCAAAUGUUGUGGUAAUCUGUUUAAGAAUUAUGCUUAUUGUUUCAAAAUCCCAAUUAGGAAAACAUGGUGUAUAUCUUUAAAAAGUGUUUGCGUCGACAAAACUGUAGACCGAAAUUUAGCACUUUGUACCACAGCAGAAGUCCUGUUUGAAAAUCCAACUUGUAUUCUAUCGUGAUCAUUUUUUUUAAAAAUCUAAAUAUUCCUGCCUUCUAUAAUACCAAAUGUCAUUAUUAGUGUGGGACUUUUAAAGUUUCAUUUAUUGCAUGAGAUUGUUUUUAAUAGCAUGAGAAUGUUCUGUUUGGAAUUAUAUCAUGAUCAAUCUGAAUAGAAAAGCUGGUAUCUUUGAAAACUUAAACAUUGCUAUAUUGAUUCUCUAUCAAACUUAUACCUUUAUUAAUAAUUGUGUAGGGGUCUGAGUAGAAGAAAUUGUCUUGUGUGGGGUGUGAUGGGGACACACAGUGGACACGGAAAGUCAGUGGAGCAGACACUGCUCUGGCACCAAGAUUGUAAUAACCUCAUGUUUUAUGUUGUUUAUAAAGGUUUGAAAGAUUGCAUGACUUUAAAACAAUUCUUCAUUUGUAGAACCUACUUCUCAGAUAUUUUUUGCCACUUUGAACAUUUUGAAUACAACAACAGAGGAAGAAAAACAACUGAUCUGGGAGUCUGUUUCCAUCAGCAACAGGGUUGGUCAUUUUGGUGCCAGGUGGACAGACUGUUUCACUGGGCAGCACCAUUGCUUCUUUAGCAUGUAAAUCAUUUUGUUACUCAAGGUGCCACUCUUAGCGAUUACAGCUGUUUACUGUCAUUGUUCCCAGCAAGAGGAGGCUCUCAUUGUAGGAGCUGAAGUCUUCCUAUGAGCAGAAAUGAAUUUAAGACACUUGAACCAAAACUUCAGCAUAGUGAAGUGUUUUAAUUCACAGAAGUGGUUCAGAGAAAUGCCUAUCACCUUUCCCAAGGUAAAACUUUCAGAUAUCUUUCAAUGUUAUUCUGCCUGCAAAACUCAAGAGCUCAGUGUUAGAUGCAAGUAACUUUCCUUCUGUUUGGGGGAUAGUUCAGGGAGGUGGGAGCCUUAUCUCCCAUUUUUCUGGUGACUUCUCUAUAGAAUUCACCAUUUUACCCUUGAGGUCCUCUAAGAGUUAUGGUGGAAUAGGACUUAAUGCAAAAUAAAUAGUCUUCUAUUUUUAAUAGGAACUUAGAAAAUACUUAACUUUGGAUUAUCUAGAGUUGUUUUCUUUAGAAACCAGAGCUAUUUAUUUGUAUUUAAAGCAAUGUUUAUUAUUUGUACCGAUUCUUACUCCUUUGUGUGAAUAAAUGCAAGACAGCGUCUGUGGUUGUGUCUUCUCUCGUCCAUCUCCUGCACUAAAGACUGCAGCUCUCCAGGAGGCUUGUUCCUCCUUUGGCCAUGGAGGUGUCCAGGCAAGAUGCUGCUUCUAAGUGCCUACUCUGAUCCCAGAGGCAGGUCUCUGCACCCUUUCUGCUUGCCUCCUUCUGUUAGAGAUGAGUAAAGAGACUAGCUGUUCUCACUGUACAUCUAACUGUUCCCAAGAAAGUUGUUAAUGGACGGCCCCUGAAGAAGGAAAAUGUGUUUGGUCCCUCUUUCAAAGUAGGGUUUCAGAAGAAUAAAGGUACGUGAUAUAAAUAUGCUGGAAGCAGUUUGGUUAAAGGUUUGUUAAAUAUGAUUGUUAACUUGGUAAACUCCUUGUUAUGAGGUUAUCUGUACUUUAAAAUUAUUUGUGGGCUUACUGUUUUUCUAAAAUUAUGUCACAGUUUUGAUUUUUACAAGAGUGAAGAAUUGAGAGGCAUAUCUCCUUAAUCUCAGCUCUUUUAUCUCUAGCAAAAUAUAACCCUAACCAGUAGACCUUCUAUAACUGGAAUCUCAAUAUUAGGAGGAAAAAAAUCACAUGAAAGAUUUUUCAAAGCAUAUCAAAAAUCAACAGCAGCAGUUUUGUAAAACCAGAUAUUCUAGAACUGUUCCCUUGUCUAUUAAGGCAUGUACAGAUACUUUCUAAAUCACCAAGUAUAUCUACAUUUUUAAUACUACUGUAUAAAAGAAUAAGAUUAAUUCUUACCUUACAAGUUAAUGUUAAAUAGUUCCUUUAUGUAAUCAUUAUGUUCCUAAAAAUGAUUUGA